AAAUGAGGUGGUUCCUGAACUUGUACUAUCAGUAGCAGAGCAUUUCCCAUUUUAUACAUACAGUCUGCGAGGCAUAAUUUUGUUAUUUUCUAGACAGAUCUUAAACAAGGACCAAAACAAUGUAUUUUCUGAGAAGGAAGAUGUGCAGCAGUUUGAAAACGGCGUCGUUUCAUCUUCCCUCUCCGUCUCAUGCUUUUCUUAGCUCUACUGUCAACCCUGAAUGCUCCGGUUUGCGAAACCCUGACUGGGUUAAAGCUCUGCGUACGACGUCGUUUUGGUUUUCCAGGUUUUCAAGUGCUCCGAUCACGGAUGACACGAAGUUCGAGGCGAAAGAGAGUUUGGUUAGUGCAGAGGAUUGGAACAGGUGGCUUAAGGUUUUUGAUGAAAAUGAUCAACAAGCUAGACUUGUCUCUGAUUUGAAGUCACAGUAUACUUGUGCUGCUGAGAAAGAAGAUUAUGAAACUGCUGUUCGGCUUCAAGUAGAAAUCACAGCAGCUAGUCAGAAUGAUGGUGCUGCCAGAUUAAUGUCUAAUCUGAACAAAGCCAUCGAGGAAGAGCGUUAUGAGGAUGCAACAUUCUUGCGGGAUCAAACUGGUGCAGGUUUGUUGGGGUGGUGGGCUGGCGUUUCGCAAGAUCAUAAAAAUCCUUAUGGUCAGAUUAUUCACAUAAGUCCAGAGCAUGGAAGAUUCGUAGCAAAAAGUUAUAGUCCUUGGCAGCUUGCAACUGCCAAAGAUGGGACCCCUCUUUUUGAGAUAUAUGUUUCAACCGGUAAAGAGGCCAUGCACAAGGAGCAGGCUACCUACCUUAAGCAUGAGGCAGUUCCUGAAGAAUUUCGUGGGGUUGCGGACAAGUUGUAUUUAGAUUUUCGUCUUUCUCACUUGACGCCCUAUGCAAAUCAGGACAUGUGGGCUGAGACUCUUAGGAAAUUUGCGGUAGCAUUAGGAAAGGAUGCUACAAAACAGACAUUUUUAGACAUGUUUGAACAUAGUCGGGUGAAAGGAAAAUAUGAAGGCUAUGAAGGAAAACAUGGAGGUUAUGAAGGAAAACAUGGAGGCUGCGAAGGAAAACAUGGAAGCUAUGAAGAAAGAUAUGGAGGCUACGAAGGAAAACAUGGAGCCUACGAUGGAAAACAUGCAGGCUAUGAAGGAAAAUAUGAAGGCUAUUUUCAAUUCGGGAAGGGUUCAAAGAAUAUAGGUGAAGAGAGAACUGUAAUUCACCAUAAAUUUGCUGUUGGUAGCAUAGUUCAGAAAGCAAAGGGGAACCUUAAAAAUGAUUUCCUCCGAGUACCAGCCAGGCUGGAUAGAAAAGACUACUUCUCAUUCUCUCUGGGUGUGGAAGAAAACAAAGAUCAAAAGGUUUCUAGUGACUACAGGCUUGAAGAUGAUCAUACUUGGGACCAUGACAUCCUUCGUUAUGUGAACUGUGUUGGCAGGGGGAUGGUAUACAAUAAGACUGGAUGUGAUAAAUUACAGUUGUUUGCUCUUAGCCAGGCUGAAAAUCAGCAACCUUUACUAUCUGGAUUAACAACCUUCAACCGAAUUAUUAUUCCAACAUCUUCAGAUCCUCUAAACGGGCUGUACAUUGGUUCUAAUGGUUACCUUGUGACGGAGGUGAUUCAGAUUAGACGUCAGUUUGGUCAAUGGCCAGGAGGUGAUGGGAUAGAUGACCUUUCAAGGCUUGAGCCAUGCAAUUAUGUAGAAGUUGUGAAACUGACUGGUGAUCCCAAUGUGCCAGCUGGCCAGGCAACGUUUAGAGCAAAAGUUGCGGAAAAAUACAAGCUUCCUUUGUGGUCCCUGCUAGAAAAAGAAUAUGGAGCGGUUGCUCGCUAUAAAGGAGAAGGCAGGUUAACUGGUUUUCAGGAGUCUAAAUGGGUUGAUGUUGAAAUCUUUAUUCUCGGGGAAGAGUGUCGCAAAGAAGGAUUUGCUAUUGGAUUUCUUUAUCCUACCCAAGAUUAUUGCUUCCUGAAAUUGUUUAAGCAGCUGAGAUUGGAAAGCUUUGGGGGACCUCCGUGAUCCAUAUUUUGAAAUGAGAUCAUUUGUUUUUGCGCUUAACCAUGGAGUGGAACUGCAUGCUGAGCGAUGGAAGAAUCGUAGAUGUAGUAUGAUCAUUAAAAGAACAAAAGCUGGAUGGUUGUUUUUGGAGAAAGUUAGCAUUUUAGUAGGAUGAUGAACUUCUUUUUCCCUGUGAAUGUACACAUAUAUAGCCUGGGUGCUUAAUGUAUUGGGAUGGUGUAGAAGGGAAGGACAAGGAAGUUGCACACGGGUAUGAGUCUAUGGGAAUUAGUUUAUCUGGUAAAGUUUAAUUAUUGAAAACUAUAAUCAGAAUUAAUUUGAAAGUUCUGAACUAAAUUCCAUUGA